GGUCCUACUUCCACCACUAACCACUAAUUUUGUGAAUUGUUAGCAAGUCGCUCUGCUUAAAUUACACCCUGAAAUUGGUGGAUACACAUGUGAAUUGUAUAAUCCAGUGACAUAGAAUCCUUUCGAAUAACGCUAAGAAAAAUUAUUAGCAACGCCCUGUUAAAAUCGUAGACCAUUUGAUAUUCGCCUUGCCCGACUCUGCGUGUGUGUGUGUGACUUUGCGACAAAGAAAUUUGAGGUUAAGCAUUUCGCCCACGGCAGCAAACGGAUUCGGAGUUAAUGUCGCCCAUAAGCAAUCAAUUGCCAAUUACAUUUAACAUAAAACACUUUUAGUCCCAGUUGAGAACAGUAAAGGCCAAAUUCGUGGUCGAGCAGACAAGCCAAGUGCAUUCGUGGAACUCCUGUCUGUGAGAGUCGCUGUCAGUGUGUGAUUGUGUGUGUGAACGUGAAUUCAAUUUUCGCGUGCACGAAAAAGCAACGAAAAAGCUUCAAAAGUUAUACUCAAAUGUGUAUGGCAAUUGUGUUGGUUAGACCUGUUCCCACAUCUAUGGAGUUUCAUCUAGACAGUGCAGAAUACUGCCAGGCACAGCACAAAUAAAAAGUAAUCAACUCUCAAACAAGGCGGUGAUAGCCUGAGUGAACACGGUCACCUCUUCGGAAGUCGACGUCGAUAAGUUGGUGCAUCUGUUCAGCUGGAUACCGUCAACGGAUUAGCUGAUAUAGCGACAGCAACGGGCCCCAGUAGCCAAAGUCGGUCAAUCUGUCAAUCUGUGGAGGAGAUACAUUGAAGAGGAAUACAUUUUAAGCAUCGCAGUGAUCGUAGAUCAUAUCACAGCAGGGACAUAUUUUUAUUUAUCGCGACAAAGCUGAAAUGAAAUUGUAACAAAAUCAACAUUUAUUCUAAAAAUCCAAUCAUUUUCAAUCGAGAAACGAGUGCUUAACUUAACAGGGAAUCAUUAUUUUAUGUGUGAGCAAGAAAUCGUCAAAGGAAAUUGAUUGAUUUUCUUUGUGAUAGAAGAAAAAUCCAAAAUUGUACUUAAAUAUUUAAAAAGAAUACCUAAUUUCGUCAUAAGGAAUAGAAUUUAGUUCUGUGUGUGUGUAUUUGAUGUGAACAAUUUAAGCGUACUAAUCUAAAACAGAGUUAAUUAUAAUUAUAUUUAUUUUGUAUACAUUAAUCGGAACUAAACGAAAAACCAAUUGUAAGAUUCUAACACGCUGAAUUUUUAAAUCUAGAAAUCGAACUACUUCCGUAAAGGCUAAACAAAAUUUUGUGAAAACCACACGUUAAAUUUAAAAGAAAAAGUACACACACUUAAUUCAAGCAACACCGCCGAGUCAGAUUAACUACUCCUCCAGAACUGCGAUUGUAAUCGUUUAUGAGCAUCAACAUGCGUCAAAAAGAUCUGCGCCCAGCCCCCGCUCUAAUCGAGUACAAGGGCAUGAAGUUCCUAAUCACCGAUCGACCGUCAGACAUAACAAUUAAUCAUUACAUUAUGGAGCUAAAGAAGAACAAUGUCAACACUGUGGUCCGCGUGUGCGAGCCCAGCUAUAAUACCGAGGAGCUCGAGACACAAGGCAUUAGCGUCAAGGACCUGGCUUUUGAGGACGGCACCUUUCCGCCUCAACAAGUCGUCGACGAGUGGUUUGAGGUCUUGAAGGAUAAAUAUCAACAAAAUCCGGAGGCCUGCGUUGCCGUUCACUGUGUGGCAGGCUUGGGACGAGCUCCUGUCUUGGUUGCCUUGGCACUGAUUGAAUUGGGCUUGAAAUACGAGGCAGCGGUGGAAAUGAUAAGAGACAAACGACGUGGAGCCAUCAAUGCCAAGCAGCUUUCAUUUUUGGAAAAAUACAAGCCGAAGGCGCGGCUAAAGCACAAAAAUGGCCAUAAGAAUUCAUGUUCUGUGCAAUAGAUUUCCAAAACCAUAUGUAUAUUCCCACCAGAUAAAAAGUGUUCAUUUUUUCAAAAACAAAAAAAAUAAUACAAACAAACGAAAAGAAAAGAAAAGCAAGAAUGUAAAACAAAUGCGGAAUGAUAGAACCCGAAAAAAAAGUAGACGAAGAAUUGAAUCACAACCCCAGUUAUUAUUAAACCUUAAAUCUCAAAUUG